UUGGCGCUCACUCUUUCUCGCAAGAGAGCUACAUUCUUCUCUCGCAAGGCGCUAGGGUUUAUCGCCUCCUCUGCUCGAUCGGUCCAUCCCUCCGUCGAUCGGGCCUGCCAGAGCUCGCGAUCGUCAUUAUUUCGGAUGCGCUCGGCUUGGCUCCUCGCGAUCGGGGAAUCGAUUGUGUCGGAGUUUCUUAUUCCUCUCUAGUCUUUGUGAUCUUUCUUGGCGCCGCGCGGAAUGAGGAAGAAUUUGCUUCCAAGCCAAGCAACAAGAGCUUGAAUGCGGCACAAUCUCUCAUAAUAUCGCCGAACUCGGAGCUAGCGAGAGUUCUUCCAGGGAAUCGGGGCCGCAGCGCCAGAUUUUCUUGUGUAAUCGCGAGCGCAUCGAUCGAUAGUCCUAGGUAUGACUCCAUUCGCGGCGGGCAACAGCAGCUCUCGCGUGCCGCCGGGCUUUCGAUUCCAUCCCACCGACGAGGAGCUGGUCGGCUACUACUUGCAGAAGAAGGUGGCCUCCAAGAAGAUCGACUUGGACGUCAUCCACGAGAUCGAUCUCUACAAACUCGAGCCGUGGGACUUGCACGAGAAGUGUAAGAUCGGAUCAGCUGAACAAACCGAAUGGUACUUUUUCAGUCACAAGGACAAGAAGUAUCCCACGGGAACUCGCACCAACAGAGCCACCGCCGCGGGCUUUUGGAAGGCCACUGGGCGGGACAAAGCAAUCCACGCCAAGUAUAAGCUCAUUGGGAUGAGGAAGACGCUCGUUUUCUACAGAGGGAGAGCUCCAAACGGGCAGAAGACCGACUGGAUCAUGCACGAGUACAGGCUCGAGGAGGACAUCAGCAGCAGUGGCAGCAACAACAAUGAUGAUGGCUGGGUGGUUUGCCGGGUUUUCAAGAAGCGCAACAACAGCAUCAAGGUGCUUGAUCGGGAUAUAAGCUGCGGCUACGACAUCGACCAGAUCGCUCUGCUGCCGGAGCUGGAGCUGCCCAACAAAUUCGUGACGGACUUCGCCUAUAACAACAGCCACCUGAUGCUGAAUUGCAAGCAAGAGUUUGAGACCGACUUCGCGGCGGCGCUGCCGCACGACCCGUUCUCCCAGACUCUUCCGCAGCUGGAGAGCCCGCGAAUGGGCAGCUUGGCGCCUUUCAAAGGACUCCCAGCGAGCUUCUCACUCCCAGCGGCGGCGCAGUUUGAGAGCUCCUUCGAUCACUACCGGCUCUUUCAAUCUCUUCAGCACCAUCAGCCGCAGCAGCAGCGGCAGAACGAAAGCCAGCCACAACAACAACCAGUCACGGACUGGAGAAUGGUGGACAAGUUCGCGGCGGCUCAGCUGAGCCACGAGCGAGACGAUCAGCACAGCAGCAGCGGCGGCGGCGGCGGCGGUGGCAACCCAUCAAAGGAGAGGUUUUUGGAAGCGAUCACGCCCCCGCCCGGGCAGGAGGAGAGCAGCGAUCACUCGGAGGACGUUGCGUUGCUUCUUCGGUUGAGCAAGCAGCAUGAUUACACCAACAACAAGUCAGCCAACGACGGGGACCUCUUGUGGAGCUUCCAUGGGAGGUGAAAUCUAUGAGUGACUUUGAAUGCACUCGUUUACAGUACACACACAAAGGCGGGGGCAAAUCACAUCACCAAGGAGGAGCCAAAGAGAAAGAAAUAAUCCAUCCGAGGACCCGGGGGCUGGAUUGAGUUGGGCGUCACGUCUCGCCCAGCUAAAACUCUGGUGGGAUCGGAUCAUCCAUUCUUCUUCUAGGUACUCUAUAUUUUUUUUUUCCAUUUACUUCUAAGGAUCUGGGAGCUUGCUGCUGCUACAAUUUAACACUGGUGGGAGUGUGGCCAUCGUCCUCAAGAACAGGUACACAGUCACCACCAGGGAAACUAUAUGGACGAAAUAGUUAUUUCGUUUGCUACUGAUUUGUUCCAGUGCUCUAUAUAGUACUGAUUCAUUGGCUUUGGGUUGGCUCCACAAAAGUGGAGGUUGGAGCUCUAUAGUAAAAACUCUCAAGAUGGCCAGUUUCAUCAUAUAUAUAAGAGAGGUGAAAUGUAUACAAGCUUCUAUUGAAUGAUUUCUUCCAUGCUGCUGGUGCUGCUUGGGUCUGCAGCAUGGAAGAAAUCAAGCUUGAUAUUAUAAAUAUUAGGCUUGAUCUUAUA